UGCAGUGCGCACACACUUCCUGAUGGAGCUGCUCCUGCGAAGAAUAAAAAUACACUCCUAGCAAGCCAGCUAGACGAGUUGUGAAAAAGUUAUGUGUGGCUGUCAAGUGGAUAGAGAAAGACUAUUUUUAAAAAUGGACGUUAUUCCUCGGUUUUCCGUACAUUAAUAGCAGAAAAUAUCCCCAUGUCCAGAGAGCCGGCGCUGGUGACAAGACAACUGCGAAGGUAAGUUACUAGCUGACGUUAGCUAGUAAUGUCUCUAACGUUACCAUCCGCCGAUAUACUUGAAACACCUCCUGGAUAUCCAUUUGAGGAAAUCAACUAUGAGGAUAUUGAGGUUGAGGAGGUGGUGGGGAGAGGAGCCUUUGGUGUUGUUUGCAAAGCCAAAUGGAAAGGCAAAGAUGUUGCAAUCAAGACCAUUGAGAGUGAAUCCGAGAGGAAAGCCUUUAUUGUUGAGCUCCGGCAGCUUUCACGUGUGAAUCACCACAACAUUGUGAAGUUGUAUGGUUCUUGCAAUAAUCCAGUCUGUCUUGUGAUGGAAUAUGCUGAAGGCGGGUCAUUGUACAAUGUGCUGCAUGGUGCUGAACCCCUCCCCUAUUACACUGCUUCCCAUGCCAUGAGCUGGUGUUUUCAGUGUUCCCAGGGCGUGGCCUAUCUCCAUGGCAUGAAACCAAAGGCUCUCAUUCACAGGGACCUCAAGCCACCCAAUCUGCUUCUAGUGGCAGGCGGCACUGUGCUGAAGAUAUGUGACUUUGGAACAGCAUGCGACAUUCAGACCCACAUGACCAACAACAAAGGAAGUGCAGCAUGGAUGGCCCCAGAGGUAUUUGAAGGCAACAAUUACAGCGAGAAGUGUGAUGUGUUCAGCUGGGGGAUCAUUCUCUGGGAGGUGAUCACUCGCAGGAAGCCCUUUGAUGAAAUUGGAGGACCAGCUUUUCGCAUUAUGUGGGCUGUGCACAACGGCACAAGACCUCCUUUAAUCAAAAAUUUGCCCAAGCCCAUUGAGAGUCUGAUGACUCGCUGCUGGUCUAAAGACCCCUCUCAGCGGCCUUCCAUGGAGGAGAUAGUGAAGAUCAUGACUCAUCUAAUGAAGUACUUCCCAGGAUUUGAUGAACCCCUGCAAUAUCCAUACCAGUAUUCAGAUGAGGGUCAGAGCAACUCUGCAACUAGUACAGGUUCAUAUGUGGACUACACUGGCACAAGCAACAAAAGCGACGCAAACAUGGAGCACAGUGAUUCUCAAGGGAGCAACGACACUAUCAAGAUUACGCCUCAGUUUGCCCCUUACUUCAAGCCAAAGGCAGACCCAUUGAGGACUCUGCCUCUGUCCAGGGGGGGAAGUGUUGAGAGUCUGCCUGCACGAACACAGUGCCUGGCAUCAUCUGACAGCAAAAGAAUGAGUGCUGACCUGUCGGAGCUGGAGCCCAAGAUGCCAUUUGCACCUGCAGCACGUCCGCAGUAUAAACGAGGCCACCGUAAAACAGCAUCAUUCGGCACCAUUCUGGAUGUCCCCAAGAUCGUCGUCACAGCCACAUGUGAGUCUCAGAGACGUCGAUCCGUGCAGGAUCUGCCAGGCAUCGGCACAGAGUCCAGCCAGGGGAGCAGAAACAGCAGCCGGUCCUCCAGUCCUAGUGUAAGGAUGAUGCCACCUGAUAAGACAAGCGGCAGAGGUUACUUUUCCCCUGAUGACCCCACAGACACCAACGGCUCAGACAACUCCAUUCCCAUGGCUUAUCUCACCCUGGAUCACCAGCUGCAGCCUCUCGCUCCCUGUCCCAACUCCAAAGAGUCCAUGGCCGUGUUUGAGCAGCACUGCAAGAUGGCCCAAGAAUACCUGAAAGUGCAAACAGAGAUCGCCCUGCUGAUCCAGAGAAAGAAGGAGCUCAUCGCUGAACUGGACCAAGAUGAGAAGGACCAGCAGAACACGUCCCGUCUGGUGCAGGAGCACAAAAAGCUGCUGGAGGAGAACAAGAGUCUGUCCACAUACUACCAGAAGUGCAAAAAACAGCUGGAGCUGAUCCGGGUCCAGCAACAGAAGAGACAGGGCACGUCGUGAUGAGACAGAGACAUUAUGAACUGCUUCCAUCCCCUCCCUGCCCACCCCCCACCUUUCCCCCCCGACACUACAACACUACCCGCUCUCAUGCUCUUAACACACACUGUUCCCAGUCCAGCUUUGUAAAGAGACCUGCAUUCUACUGUGUCCUGCAUGUUGCGUUGUAGACCCUUCUGUCCAGCAGGAAGACGACGUCCUCUGUACAUACAUUUGCACAUCGUCACAGUGUGUUCUGUGAGCGCAGACCAAACAAUCACUGCACCCUAUCUGGAUCACCCCAGACCCUGCUGCUGUGCUCAGGGGUGGACCUUGUACUUCUGCGGCCGCGUGUCUUCUGAGUGCGACGGCAGGCCGAUGAAUGUGGGUCGUGUGUUUCUUGCUCUCAGGGCGUCUGGGCUGCCUGGUCAGUGUGUGUCCGCUCCUCAGCAGGUGACAGCCUACACCGUCCUCCAGAAUGUGAAAACCAAGACAAAGGCUUUUCAGCAAAAAGUGUGAAUCGUAUGCAGAAUUUUGAGAUCAAUGAGGAUGCUUGAAACAGUGUGCGUGUGGAAUCCCUGUUAUGCAAACCACACACACCCUUAAAUCAACGUAAUUUAUCUCCCUAACCUCUCCCUUUGAGCCCUUCCACAGACCACCAGUUUACUACUUCAAGGCAUUUGAUGUCUUCAGUUCAGAGAAGGGUGUGCGUCAUGUCAGACAUCACAGCUAAACAAAUAGCCUGGGGGUUUGUGUGAACCUGGAUGCAGCAUCAAUAAUCUGCUCCUCCUCAUCUUAAAACAAAAUACACACCUAGCUUCCAGAGCAAAUACAGGGAGCUGUGGAUUCCCUUUUUAUUUUGACUUCAGUAUUGUUUUUGCGUGUAGAUGUUUUUGUCUUUUCUAUUCAGUAGUUCACUUUGUAUGAUAGCUCUCGUGUCAUUUUUGCAUUAGGACAUAUUUUAUCUGAUCUGGGAAUGCUCUUGCGGACAAAUAGAGGAGCCUAUACCUCCCUAUACAGUAUCUAGUUUGUUUUUAGUUCACAUGUUGCCUUAGAAGUUGCCUGCAUUUUAAGUGCUUGUUUUAUGUGACAUUUAGUGGGGAUAAAAGCUCAAAAAAGAAGAUAUUUUUAAUGUAAUGGACAUUGAAUGAAAUUCUUUCCUGAACAGAGUGAGAAGCUAUUCUGAUAAUGUAAAUGUUUCCCACCAGCUUUACAUCCAAAACAUGACAUGUACUCUAAAAGAAUGUGAUAUAACUAUUUUUUUUUCUUGGUCUCAUUUCCCUCAAAUACUUUUGCACAAUCACUUUGUUUUGUCUGAUCAUGUACAAAUUUUAUUUCUCAUUUAAGCAAUCCUGGUUUUAAAAGUACAAGACUUGACGAGUCUUACUUUUAAAUGUGUUACUGUAUGGGAGUGAAUCUUUGCCGGUUCUCCUCAUGAGUUUUCUGUUCACGAAGGAUUUUACCACACGUACCACACUGUUUAUGAAGUGUUUUCUAAGUUAUUGGGAACUGAGGAACAGUAUAUGACCGUGAGCAAGGCAUUAUGAAAUAAACUGAAUGGUGAAAAGAUGCACUU